CGCUCUCUCUCUCUCUCUCUGAAAUGGAACAGGGAGAAGAGCUCUCAUGGAUGACAAAAACGAGGCAUGAAUUUCUUCAAGGCAACAACAAAACCAUAACCAUCAUGACGCAUAAAGAUUAUUGGGUUCUUUGUGCUGACACAUUAUGUUUCUCUUUGGAAAUCCAAUUUCAUUGAUAAUCCGGUGUUAUCCCUACCUGAGCAUAUUGUUUCCUUAAAUUUUUUUUUUCUUUUCCUAAACUCAAUUGUUUCAUUCCUUUCUUCUUUUUUCUUGACCUUGUAAGGCCUUUUCUUGACCUUGUAAGACCCCAUCCCUUUCUAAGUGUCUCCAUCUUCUAUCGUUUUACAAAUUCUCUACUAUCUCUUCUUGGUGUAGAAUAUGUAUGUAUAUCUACCCUUAAUUCAUCCUAGUCAUCUUCUCCUACCUUGUCUAUCCCUUCUGAGCUAAUCCUUGCAUCUUUUUGUUUGUUGUUGAUAUAUGUAUGGUUGAUAUAAACUCCAUAUUGGAAAUUAAGAACUUAACUUUUCUUUUGUUUUAACUUUUGUUGGUGUUGGUUAUAUUGCUGUAAUAAAAUUAAAAGAGGUGAGAAAAGUCUCGCUAUCAAGGGGACUGCCAAAAGGCAAUGAAUAAGGAAACGGGCAAAAAGAAUUAUGCCUUUACUCUAUCUUUUAAGGCUUUGGACAGGAAUUUACUUUUGUUUUAUGUGUUGUGUUUGUUUGGGUCUGACUGACCCCCAAAGGCCAAAGCCAAACCAGAGAACUCUCUUAAUAAA